AUGACGGAGCCCCAGAUGGGUAUAAUACGAGGCAGCGUGCGGGGAAGGGAUUUAGCAGAGGCAGGAGGGAGGCAAGAGGUGGGAAGAGAGGAAGGUGCUGCCCCGUGGCCACGCUGCUCGCCAGCACCGCCGGGCCACCACAGACCUGCAGGGGAGGGGGACGAUGAACAUCGAAGUGCACAAUAUCACUUACACCAGUGCCACCGUGUCCUGGGCCAUGAGCAGACCCUGCCCAGAGAACUACUACCACGUCAUGUACCGCCCCAACUGGAACAGCGUCUUCGCCGGCUACUUACGCCAGAACUUCCACCGUGAGGAGCGAGUUCCUCACCCCCUCAGCUCCCUCGUCCUCCACCGCCUCACGCCGUCCACCAUCUAUGUCCUUUGCAUCACGUGCAAGAACUCUUACCCCUCCAGCAACCACUGCACCACCUUCCACACUCUGGACAAAACCCCCCUGGUUUAUGGCUCUAAGCAUGAACCUGCCACCUCCAUCUGGAUGGUGAGCAGCCUGCUGCUCCUCUGCUUCGCUGCUCUCCUGGCCUACGGCUGCCUGCAGUUCUGGUCUGCCGGGUGCCACGGGGCUGCGAGGCUGAAGCAUUCCGACGCCAGCCCUGAGGAAGCGCGAGAAGAGAGCAGCUCGCCAGAGGCGCCGCUGACUGAUGGACUGAGAGAGGAGCUUCUGGAAGUCCCCAUGACCACUGUGCUAAUGAGGAGCUCCAGUUUCACAAAGGACAGUCCGUAUAGUUCCCCUCACUGCUUUUUCUCCUAUAAAACCAGCGAUGAUAAAAGGGCCAUCUUGCCGCAGAACGGCCUUCAAUGA